UUCCGUGCUUUUCCGGAAGUGAAAAUGGCUUCCUGCAGCAACAGACGGGACGACAAAAUGAGAAAUUCUGGCGGAGACGUCUCAAAAACAGACCUGUUGCUUCACCCCGAACUUCUGUCUCGGGAUUUUCUAAAACUCGUCUUACACGAGAAAAAGAUACAGACAGAUGACAUUGAAGACCCUGACCACCUUACUGAGUUGUACAUCCAGCAUGUUAUCCCACUUCCGCAGCGAGAACUCCCCAAAAACAGGUGGGGGAAAAGAAUAGAGCAAAAAAACCCACGCCAGAGCUCAAGCACUGCACACAGCUCGAGCACAGAUAGUGGCAGGAAGAGGCCCUUGAUUGUGUUUGAUGGCAGCUCCACCAAAACUGGCGGCAUUAAAUUAAAGCGAGCUGAUGAUUUACCAGUUACAGAUCGCUUAAAGUCCCCACCUUCCAACAUCAGUCUCAGUAACCCUAUACGUAAACUUUCAGGGUCCUCCCCAAACUCAUCUUUGUCCCGGGCCUCAGCAGGAAGUGUCAGGAGUCCUACAGGAAAUGGCAGCCUAAAUAUCUCCUCAUCUGCAUCUCCAGUACAGUCCAGCUGCAUGAGCACAAAGCUAAAGCGAGGAGCAUCAAAUUCAGGAGUUCCUGAAAGCCCUGAGCUCAAAUCCCCUGAGGUGAAAAAGAAGAUUCAGCAUGUCACAUGGCCAUGACUUCUGUCCAUCUGUCAAAAGUGCUAGCAGAAAGAAGUGCCUUUCUGCAUUCUGAUGGUUGUGUCUCACUUGACCAUGUGUCCUGUGGCAGAAGAGGCCAUAAUGGGGACAAUGAGCACGUGCAUCUGAAUUCGGAUGUCCACCAUUCCCAUGUCCCACGUGCUCUAUGAGAUCCUCCUAGGUGUGCCAAGAGAGUGUUAAAAGACUUUCCUCAUGAGCAUCUUUUGACUGGUGUUGUACUUGAGGCUUUAAAAAAAAACAAGGAUGGCUUUCUCUUUUAAACGCUGUAAAAAUGUAUUUUUUACUUCAAUAAACAAUGAUCUGUUCAUCACAUCUUUCUAAUUAUGCAACCCAUGAAGUUAUAUCUAUAACAAAUAAAUAUGUUUUUCCAUUGUGUACUUUAACACACAUUUUAUGAUCGAAUACCAGUUGGGGGAGGACAUACAGGGUAGCUGUUGUGCAUUUUCAUCUGAAUGUAUGUACAGGUUUUAUUUGGUUUAGCUGGGAGCUGGGUAAUAAAAAACAGCACAUAAGCAAAAGUUUUAGUUAUUAGCCUAUCCAGUGCUCACAUUAAGCUCUAGAUGGGGCUGUUUCUCUUUU